AUGAUGCGUUUUAUUACUUUCCCAAGGAUAAGAUCAGUUCUACUAUCUAGAAAUUUUACCAUCCAAUCAGUCCGAUUCAAUACCACAAAAACAACAAUUUCAACUUCCAUAGAAUCCCUUCCAUCAUUGCCUGCUUCGUUAGUUGAAAGAGCGGAGAGUAUUAGAAAAGAACAUAAGGAACUAAGUGAAAAGUUGUCUAAUGAUUACAUACCAGAUUUACAAGUUAAAUACGAUAAUUAUACCAAUAUUCUUGGUCUUUAUGAUAAAUUAAACACUUAUAGGCUGGAAUAUCAAGAACUUGUAAAUAUCACUGAUGAUCCAGACUUGCGUAAAGAAGCUCAAGAAGAACUCGAAACAAUUGCUCCAGAAGUUGAGAAACUUGUAUCUCAACUAAGUGUCAAACUUAGACCACCUGUUAAAUACGCCGAGAAAGGUUGUAUGAUUGAAUUAAGACCAGGUGUUGGAGGUAAUGAAGCAAGUUUAUUCACCGGUGAUUUGCUAAACAUGUACAUGGGUUUUGCGUCAGAGAUGAACUGGAAGUCCAAAAUUAUAUCGGAAGGAAGAAAUGCAAGUGGAUUUUUAAAUGAAGCAAUAUUGUGUAUUGAUACUUUGGGAAGUUAUGAUAUAAUGCGUCAUGAAAGUGGAGUUCAUAGAGUUCAAAGAAUUCCUGAAACUGAAACAAAGGGUAGAGUUCAUACAUCAACUGCCGCAGUGGUGGUAUUACCAAAAUUAUCUGAAGGUAACGAAUCUUCAUUGAAAGAAGAUGAAAGAGUUUUUGCACCAGGUGAAGUUAGAAUUGAUACCAUGAGAGCAAGUGGUAAAGGUGGUCAGCAUGUCAACACCACGGAUUCUGCAGUUAGAUUGGUUCAUAUACCUACAGGUAUGAUUGUCUAUCAACAAGAUGAAAGAUCUCAACCAAUGAAUAAAGCAAAAGCAUUUGCCGUGUUGAGAAGUCGUCUUGCGCAAAAAGAACAGGAAGAAGAAAUGAUAAGACAGAAAAAUUUAAGACUUGAUCAAGUAUCGUCAACUGAUAGAAGUGAUAAGAUCAAAACUUAUAAUUUCAAAGAAAACCGUGUUACUGAUCAUAGAGUCAAUUACAGUAUGCACGAUCUCCAAGGUGUUUUAUCAGGAAGAAAACUCGGACAAUUGAUAGAUGUAUAUAGAUUUAAGUAA